CCGCCAAAACUCAGUAUGAUCGUGCCAAUAAAAAAAGAUGGAGAAUUUGAAGAAUGGGCAAUUAUUGAAUUGCAAGGUGAUUUGAAAUUUAAUUCCACGAAUAUUACAAAUGUAUAUAUUGGAGAUUUACACUUUACAAAAUCUGGUACACCUAUACUUAUAAUUGGCAUUCAUGUAUUACACGGAAAAGAAGUGGUACUUCCAAAACCAUUUGCAGUUUUAGUGAAAAAAAAGAAUGAAGUUAAUACAACCAAUAUUUUUGAAAGACAAACGGAAUACAUUAUUAAAGCACUUAUAAAAAGAAAAAUAAUUUUUAGAUCCAGACCUAAACCUAUUGUAACAAAUGUUCCAAAAUUUAAUUAA